AUGCUCAACCCGGCUGGCUUAGGGCGUAGGUCGAAUGGAACUUUCACUGUAACUCUAGGACUAACGCUAAAACCUUUUGACAAUACCUAUCGAGAACCUAUUAUUAGUUGUUGCCCUGCCCAGCACACCUUCAUGAACAUUGAGGCGUCUUUUGAUGUUGUUGUUAGGCGGACGGGCAAGGCGAAGAUGACUGGUCAACCGGCCCAGCAACAGCGUUGUGGUCCACAGCAAAACAGGAUAUACGAGGACAGACCGGCCUGCAGAAGGUACAUCUUCCCAGGCCAGAACCGCCGAUGUUUCUCUCCUAAACAGUUGGGCAAGCCAAUCGCGUCUGCCGAUCGGCCUCCACAUAAAACGACAAUUUCACUUUAA